AUGACAGUUACCCACACCCCGUCGGGCGGCCUCCAGAGCCAGGGACCUGCCGUGGUCAAUUUGUCGGAUAACACCGGUCUCAUCGUCGGCACAACUGUCGGCGGUCUUGCCUUCAUUGUUAUUCUGGCCACGCUCCUCUUCUUCAGCUGUCGAUGGUACGAGAAGCGGGAGCGUCAUCGCAAGCUGGAAGACGAGUUCGAUCUCGGCGGCCAGGCCAUAUAUGAUCCAGGAUACCAUCGUGACCCGAAUCGGGAUAUGGAGGAGGUGCAUAACCUUACUCCGUAUCCGUUCGGCUACGAAUACAACAGCCACGACAACAGAUCGUGGAAUGCAGAGCACGGUCGGUCCAAGCGAUCUCUCGAGCCAUCGUCUCCAGAAGGCAGCUUGGCGCUCUCCCCAACAUCUGGGUCACUUCCCUCAGCUUCAUUCCCACUUGACAUGACCGCAACUAGCGGCUAUGUCCCCUCUGCGCAGGUUCAACCCAUUCGCUCUGAUGCGCCCAUGACGGAUCUGGGCCCCUCACACACUUUGCGGCCCCGCCCAUCACCUGUGCAGGCUGAGGACGCUGGAUUCUUGGCUGACGGCGACGAGGUGCCACCAGUGUAUCAGCCUGACUGGGAGGUGGCGCAGCGGCAGCGGAUCGGGUAUGGCCUGAGUGCGGUCUUAACAGCCUGA